AUGCUUGUCGCUAUCACGAAAUAUAAUCUAUCUAUCUAUCUAUCUAUCUAUCUAUCUAUCUAUCUAUCUAUCUCAAGUCUAUUCAUAUGUAUUUAUUUUAUCCUUAAUCUAUCUAUCUAUCUCAAUUUGCUGAUAUCUAUCUAUCUAUCUAUCUAUCUAUCUAUCUAUCUAUCUCAUUCGUUUGUAUCUAUCUAUCCCAGUCUGUUCAUAUCUAUCUAUCUAUCUAUCUAUCUAUCUAUCUAUCUAUUUACAGAACGACUUAAAUCGAAACGACGUAAACCUAUCUAUCUAUCUAUCUAUCUAUCUAUCUAUCUAUCUAUCUAUCUAACCCAGUCUGUUCAUAUUUAUCUAUGUAUGUAUGUAUCUAUUUAUAAUAUGAAAACAAAACAUCUAUCUAUCUCAGUUUGUUCAUAUCUAUCUAUCUAUCUAUCUAUCUAUCUAUCUAUCUAUCUAUCUAUCUAUCUAUCUUUUCCUGCUCAUAUCUAUCUAUCUAUCUAUCUAUCUCACUCUGUUCAUAUCCAUCUAUCUAUCUAUCUAUCUAUCUAUCUAUCUAUCUAUCUAUCUAUCUAUCUAUCAGUUAAAACAUCUGCCUGUCGUGACAUCGGAAUUGUGUUCAUUCAACCGUUCAUCCCUGGUCGAAAUGAUUGUCAAUAUAAAUAUCAUGUGAAUCUAUCCAUCUUUCACAUAUGGUUCCCUCUUGGAGCCUAA